GCAGGAUGUAUAGUAACACGUCAUUCUACGGUGGUACAAGAACAGACGGAUGCGGCGAAUUUUUCGUAAUAAAGUUGUCUUUUCCACCUGAAUGACCAUCUGUCCUGUAGUAUUAUUUUAUUUAUACAUUAUUUAUUGACGUUACGAUUAUAAACCGGAUCCAACUUAAAGUGUCUCUGCGUAGCUGGAAUGGCCACGUACCAGGAGUUUAUCCAGCAGAAUGAGGACCGUGAUGGGGUACGAUGCAGUUGGAACCUUUGGCCUUCCAGCAGACUAGAGGCCACACGACUGGUGGUCCCAGUCUCUUGCCUUUUCACCCCUCUUAAAGAGCGUCCCGACCUUCCUCCUGUGCAGUAUGAGCCUGUGCUCUGCAGUCGAGCCAGCUGCAAAGCCGUUCUCAACCCCCUCUGUCAAGUGGACUUCAGAGCUAAGAUCUGGGCAUGCAAUUUCUGCUUCCAGAGAAACCCUUUCCCUCCAUCAUAUGCAGGCAUUUCAGAGGUGAAUCAGCCCGCUGAACUCAUGCCACAGUUUUCCACUAUUGAGUACAUAGUACAGCGUGGUCCCCCAACUCCGCUUGUCUUCCUGUAUGUGGUGGACACGUGCUUGGAGGAGGAGGACUUGCAAGCCCUGAGGGAAUCUCUGCAGAUGUCUCUCAGCCUGCUGCCCCCAAAUGCCCUGGUAGGACUCAUUACAUUUGGCCGUAUGAUCCAGGUCCAUGAGCUCAGCUGUGAAGGCAUUGCCAAGAGUUAUGUCUUCCGUGGGACCAAGGAGCUUUCUCCCAAACAGAUUCAGGAGAUGCUGGGUCUGAUGAAGCCAGCAGCCUCAGGACAGCAAGGCAGACCUCUGGCCCCUCAAGAUGCUGCCACUUCUUGCAGAUUUCUGCAGCCUGUGCAUAAAGUAGAUAUGAACCUGACUGACCUACUUGGCGAGCUACAGAGGGACCCCUGGCCUGUUCCACAGGGAAAGAGACCACUUCGUUCCACAGGCAUUGCUCUCUCCAUUGCUGUAGGACUACUGGAGGGUACAUUCCCAAAUACUGGAGCUCGUGUGAUGCUUUUCAUGGGAGGGCCUCCCACCCAGGGUCCUGGCAUGGUGGUAGGGGAUGAAUUGAAGACUCCCAUCCGGUCAUGGCAUGACAUUCAAAAGGACAACGCCCGUCAUAUGAAGAAGGCUAUCAAGUACUAUGAGGCUUUGGCGAACCGUGCUGCAGUGAAUGGACACAGCAUUGACAUCUAUGCCUUUGCUCUGGACCAGACUGGAUUACUGGAGAUGAAGUGUCUGUCCAAUCUUACAGGGGGACACAUUGUCAUGGGAGACUCCUUCAACACCUCUCUGUUCAAGCAGACAUUCCAGAGAGUCUUCAGUAAAGACUACAAUGGGGAAUUCCACAUGGCUUUUGGAGGAGUUUUAGAAGUCAAGACCUCAAGAGAACUGAAAGUGGCAGGAGCUAUUGGACCCUGUGUGUCUCUCAACAGUAAAGGACCUUGUGUCUCAGAGAAUGAGUUGGGAGUUGGUGGUACCUGCCAGUGGAAGAUUUGUAGUCUUAGCCCAUCCACCACACUUGCUCUAUAUUUUGAAGUGGUGAAUCAGCACAACUCACCCAUCCCUCAGGGAGGCAGAGGGGCCAUCCAGUUUGUCACGCAGUACCAACACUCUAACACGCAGAGGAGGAUCCGCGUCAGCACCAUCGCAAGAAACUGGGCAGAUGCACAGUCUCAGAUUCAGCACAUUGAGUCGUCCUUCGACCAGGAAGCUGCUGCUGUUCUCAUGGCGAGGCUGGGCGUGUUCAAGGCAGAGUCAGAGGAAGGUCCAGAUGUUCUCCGCUGGCUUGACAGACAGCUCAUUCGUCUGUGCCAGAAGUUCGGACAGUUCAAUAAAGAUGACCCUAAUUCCUUCAGGCUAUCGGAAUCCCUGUCUCUCUACCCUCAGUUCAUGUUCCACUUGAGGAGGUCUCCGUUUCUGCAGGUGUUCAAUAACAGUCCUGAUGAGUCAUCCUACUACAGGCACCACUUUCUGCGCCAGGACCUAACACAGUCACUUAUCAUGAUCCAGCCCAUCCUCUACUCCUAUUCAUUCUUUGGCCCUCCUGAGCCUGUUCUUUUGGACAGCAGCAGUAUCCUUCCAGAUCGUAUUCUAUUAAUGGACACGUUUUUCCAGUUGGUCAUCUACCAUGGAGAGACUAUUGCUCAGUGGCGGAAAGCAGGUUACCAAGACAUGCCAGAGUAUGAGAACUUUAAGCAGCUGUUGCAGGCUCCUCUAGAUGAUGCUCAGGAGAUCCUGCAAACCCGCUUCCCUAUGCCCCGCUACAUUGACACAGAGCAUGGAGGAUCGCAGGCCCGCUUCCUGCUUUCUAAAGUGAACCCCUCCCAAACGCAUAACAACCUCUAUGCCUGGGGGCAGGAGGCUGGAGCACCCAUUCUCACAGAUGACGUCAGCCUCCAAGUGUUCAUGGACCAUCUGAAGAAACUUGCUGUGUCCAGCUCAGCCUGAAGCAUGCAAAAGGGAAGAACAAAAACAUAAAUCUGAUCCUCCACUGUGGGGCAGAAUUACCAUUUUCAUUUCAGCCUUUGGCCUUGAUGCCUCAAAAAGUGUUUUCAUCUUUGUUCAAGAAUUCUUCAGUAUGUAUCAAAAAAUCUUGUAAAACCUUGUUGUCAAAAGUCAUGGUGUACUCAGAUGUGCAUACACAACCUUGGGACUGAUUUAACGGUUUCCUGGUAAAUGGGAUAUGUUAUUUUGAUAUGUGGGAGGUCUUGUCAAGGUUCAAAUGCCUCACAAUUGUAACAAGCCCACUGUGUCUCAUUACAGUGUAACUACAGGUACAAAUAUGCAGGUGUGAUUGUCAUUUUCCUGAUCUAUAAAUUUGAAGCAUGUACAGUAAGUCAUUUAAAAAGAAAAGUAGAGUGUAUUUUGGUUUGUAAUUUGCACUCAUAGAACCAAAUGAAUAGUUUAAAUCCAUUUAUUUACUGGCACAGAAUUUUCUGCAGGGCCCUUUCUGACCUGUCAGUGUUUGAGUUUUGUUUCUGUUUGGAUCAUUUGUGUUUGUCUAACGCCACAAUAUUUUCUCUACACUGCAUAGAAUUCUCAUAGUAAGAAUUUUUAAUUGUUAAUGUAUAGAUUUACAUUCCAGAUAUAACUUGAUUGUUAAUAAUGAAUGCUAUGCAUAAAUUUUAUUUCAACAACAGUGA